AUGCGCGGCGCCGACGACCUGACUCUCGAAGAAUGCGAGGCCCUGAUACACCACUACCGGCGGAUGUCGGCGGUCAACUUCGGCUACGUGAUCAUCCCUGAAGGCUGCUCGGCGGCGGCCCUGAUCGAGGAGCGGCCGCUGCUGGCCCGGGCCAUCUUCACCGUGGCGUCGUGGAGGAAUCAUGCCCGCCAGGCUGCUCUGCAGCUGGGUUUCAUGAGAGAGCUGAGCGACCGCUACUUUGUCAAGUCGGAACGGUCGCUGGAUCUGUUGCAGGCGCUGAUUGUCUAUUUUGGCUGGUGCCACUGGUACGCCACCCCGUUCGCCAACCAGGCCUACCGCCAGGCGUCUCUGAUUGCGACCCUGGCCAUCGAGCUGGGCAUCACCCAGCGGCCGACCAACAUGAACCAGCACGACAUGAUUGUCGGUUCGGCCUCGGCCUUCUCCCAGACCAACGAGACCGUAUCGUCCAAGUUCUGGAGCUACGAAGCCCGAAGAGCAUACGUUGGCACCUACCAAAUCUCGACCUUUUGCCUGCUCUUGUUCCGGAAGCCCGUCCUCUUAGCACACACGCAGUACCUCGACGAGUGUGCUUCUUCGCUGGCGGCCGAUCCGCAAUAUCCCUCAGACGCAACCCUAAUCCAUCAAGUCGGAUCCAUGCGUCUCGCCGAACAGGUCUCGGUGUCCUUCGACCACGGCUCUCGCGAACGCGUCGGCGAGCUCAGCGACGACAAGGUACAACUGCUGGUUAAGACCCUAGUGAAGCAUCUGAAUGAUUACAAGGCAUCUCUGUCAAUGGGCGGGGCCCAAAAUGGCCCCCUAUCACGCUUAUGCCACAUGUCCCGGGCGUACAUCCACGAGGUCGGGCUCUACGGUCUGUUGCAAGGCCAGACGCCGUCCGCGACUCGAAUCUCCAUCAUCUACGAGUGCUACACGUCGUCCAUGCGGUUCCUAUCCGACGUGCUCGACCUGUCUCUCGAUGACAUGGCAGACUGGACCAGCAUGGACUGGCGCUACCUGAACCUGGCCGUCAUGCUGUGCACCAAAUCCUCCAUCAUCCUCGAUUCCGCCCAGUGCGCCACCGAGGCCAGCCAGGGCGCCGCUUGGCUGUACAAGUGUCUCGACACCCUGUGCGUCCGGGUCAAAGAACUGCAUCGCCAGAGUGGCGCCCCUCCAGCCCAGGACCACGGCUUGAAGCGCAUGGCGGGCGAGUGGUCGGCCAUCAAAGUUUACCAUCAGACCUGCAUUCACCGAAAUCUGUCACAGACCGGCCCCACGAGUGCGAGUGGGGGCGUGAAUGCGAAUGGGAAUCCAACUGCAAAUGCGAGUGCGAAUGCUGGUGUGGCCGUGGGUGCAAACAUACAUGCACCGAUACAGCAGUUUUUCGACAACGGCGUGUUCGAGAUGGACCCGUUGAACGAUAUUUUCUGGACCGGCUUUACAGAUGCCGACGGCUCGAUGAACAACAUGUUUCAGAUAUGA